AUGACUUCAGUGGAGCUUCAGUCCGAGGACCACCGAGAUCUACUCGACAGCAUUGACAAACUUCGGUCUCAAGGAAUCAGCAGAUAUGUUGACCUCCCAGAGAUUAUUGUCUGCGGUGAUCAGUCAGCUGGGAAGAGCUCUGUACUCGAAGCCAUCUCGGGCAUGUCCUUUCCCACGAAGGACAACCUCUGUACCCGAUUCGCAACGGAGCUGAUCCUUCGCCGAGACCCCACUGUUGCAGUUAAGGCUUCCAUAAAUCCUGGUCCAGAGAGAUCAGCUGAAGAAAGAGAGACGCUCCUUGGCUUCAGCCCUGCAGUCGACAUUGAUAAUCUGGGACUGGGUGCAGUCAUCGAGAGCGCGAAGGAGAUGAUGGGCUUGUCCGAGACCAAAGUUUUCAGCACCGACACCCUCCGAGUCGAACUUUCGGGGCCAACCCAGCCACACCUCACAAUGGUUGAUCUUCCAGGCCUCUUCAGAGCCAGUAAUAGAGAUCAAUCAGUCAACGAUGCCGAGAUAGUCAAGAAAAUGGUUCGGGGUUACAUGAAGAGACCACGAAGCAUCAUCCUGGCAGUCGUUUCUGCAAAGAGCGAUUUUGCUCUCCAGGAAGUGACUGAGCUCGCUCGAGAAUUGGAUCCGGCUGGGGUCCGCACCUUGGGGCUGAUUACGAAGCCCGAUACCCUCGACGCCGGAUCAGACAGCGAGCGUGCCUAUCUCACACUGGCUGCAAACAAGGAUGUAGUAUUCAAACUCGGCUGGCACGUCCUCAAAAACCGAAGCUACGAGAUGAGGAACGCAUCCUCAGCAGAGCGCGACGAAGCCGAGGACGAAUUCUUCUCACAGGGUGUCUGGACAUCCAUAGAUCCCGCCCAUCUUGGGGUCAGAUCCCUGAAGCCCCGACUCAGCAACAUCCUCAAAGACCAGAUCCUGAAAAAGCUGCCAGGCCUCCUUCGAGACGUCGAAUCUGGCAUUUCGGAUUGUCAGGCGAGGCUCAAGCAGCUGGGCUCUCCUCGCACCACAAUUGCCGAGCAGCGCCGCUAUCUGUCACGAGUCAGCCAGGAGUUCUCGAACCUAAUGAAAGAAGCAGUGGACGGGUUAUACACUAACCCAUUCUUUGGGAGCUCCAAGACGGAGGACGGAUACGAGAAGCGCCUGCGAGCUGUCGUCCAGAACACUUUGACGGACUUCGCAGAGGAGAUGCGUCUCGGGGGCCACACUCGGACGAUCGCCGAGUCUGGCGAAGGUUUCGGACGACCCCAGAUAUGGCGGUCUGACUACAUCGACGAGGUCAAUGAUCUGAUGAAGAAGAGUAGAGGCCGUGAGCUUCCGGGGACAUUCAACCCUCUCGUCAUUGGCGAGCUAUUCUCGGAACAGUGCCGUCCGUGGCGAGAAAUUUCCAAUGCCUUCAAAGACGAUAUCCUCGCGGCUGUAUAUCGAACAACGCGAGCCAUACUUGACCAUGUUGCUGCCGAAGAGACGGCAGACGGGAUCUUCCGGACCAUCAACGAAGGCAUCGAGAAAUUGAAGAGCAGCCUCGACGACAAGGUGGUUGAGCUAUUGGACCCCCAUGAAAUCGGCCAUCCCAUUACGUACAACCACUACUUUACAACCAACAUACAGAAAAUCCAGUCUGACCGCCGAAGGUGUGCCAUUGAAACGACUCUGAAAGAAACCUUUGGGCUGUCCGAGAUCACCCCCGGGAAGUCCUUCGGCCGCCGCGACGUGGACUUCUCCCAGCUCAUGGCCACCCUGGUGGUUCACACAGAAGUAGACAUGGAACGGUAUGCAAGCUCUCUAGCCGUCGACUAUAUGGAGGCGUACUAUCAGGUUGCUCUGAAGAGAUUCGUCGACGACAUCAGUGUCCUCGCCAUCGAAUACUGCCUCAUCAGCAAAUUGCCAUCUUUAUUCGGCCCAGAGAUGGUGUAUGAUUUGGACGACGAGGACAUAAAUCGACUUGCGGCCGAGAGCGAUGGCACACGUUCCGAGAGGACUCGGUGUACUGAGAAGCUAAGCAUCCUCGAGAUCGGACUGCAUGAUCUGAAACGCCUGGACAAACACCGGGCAAUCACACCAGGUGAGGGCACAUUUUCCCUUUCCCAUUAUAUAGAUAGUCCCCCACGGAAUAAGCACAUGUCUCCGUUGCUAAUUUUUGGCACAUUCCACAGACAUCAAAGCUAUCAAUAA